GUGCUGUAGAAGCUGUUGCGUCUAGCGGAGAGCCAAAGGAGACUUUUUAUCUUGUUGCAGAGACCCAAGUAAGAAGGGACAUCACGAGACGGAUGACGGACGAAGUCCUCCCCACGCACACAGAUCUAGAACACACAGCAAUGAAAGCUUGCAGAAGCAGGCCAUAGACAGCAAUGCUUCGCCUACGGAGCUCAGAGUAUUGAUGCUAGGGUUGGACAACUCGGGGAAAACUACUGCUCUGUACAAACUGAAGCUGGGCUCCGCUGAAGAUACGGUCCCCACCGUUGGGUUCAAUGUCGAGACGAUCAAGUACAGAAACAUUUUGAUCAAUGCGUGGGACGUCGGUGGCCAGGAACGGCUACGUGCCCUCUGGAGACACUACUUCUCGGGAACAGACGUGUUGGUGUUUGUAGUUGAUUCGGCGGACACAACCAGAAUCGACAAAGCCAAGGCCGAGCUGUACAAAGUCCUUGCGGACAGGGAAUUGAAAGAUUGCGAUAUGGUCAUCUUGGCCAACAAGCAGGAUCUGGAAGGCGCCAUCGAUCCGCAGGAAAUCAUCGACAGGUUCGAUCUUAAAAGCUUGGAGACACACCAGUGGAAAAUUAUACCAACCGUAGCCACCGAGGGAACGGGACUGCCAGAGUUGUUGGAUUGGAUAUCAAGCAAAUACGACCACUGAUAAUGACGUCCACUGUGAAGGAAGUCUAGAUAUACGUAGAUAGAUAGACAGGUAGAUAUAUCGAGAAAUAAAUACAUAC